AUGACGAAGUCAGGUUUCAGAUGUGGCAAGCCUGGCCAUCUAGUCAAAGACUGUCCGGUUAAGGAACCUGAGAACCAACCGAAAACUCAAGGUCAAUUAUUUUCUCUUACAGAACAAGAAGCCAAGGUGUCUAUCUCCAUGAUUCAAGGAACGCUCUCUGUUUGUAAUAUGCAAGCUAAAAUUUUGGUUGAUCCUGGAUCUUCUCACUCUUUUGUUGCACCUCACUUUGCAUGCCACAUGAAUGCUAAACCUGCACUUCUUGACUGGACUUUGGUAGUAUGGAUAUCUAUGGGGGGAUUUAUGGAAACUAAUAUGGUUUAUAAGUGCUGUGGGGUUUUGCUUGAAGGGACCCCUCUACACCUUAUUUCGGCCCUUCGAGCUUCUCAGCUGUUGGCCAAAAGAUGUGUUGGGUAUUUGGCCUAUGUAAUAGAGAAUUGGGAUGUCCAAUCCAAGUUAGAAGAGAUACCAGUGGUGAGGGAAUAUCCCGAAGAUUUUCCUAAGGUGUUGACCUCUUUGCCUCUAGUCAAGGAGGUAGAAUUUGAGAUAGAUGUGGUUUCAAGCACUGCUCCUAUCUCUAAAGCCCCUUAUAGGAUGGCCCCAGUCGAAUUAAAGGAGCUGAAGGAACAACUGCAGGAAUUGUUGGCGAAGGGGUUCAUUUGA